AUAAGAGAAUGUGCACAUGACAAACUGUACCCUUACGUUUAGAACUUUGAAAACGAUUUAACAGAUGUUGCUGUUAUUGGUAUUAGUGUUGUUGAGUAACACUGUGAGAGUGGAAGGAGCAUGUAAAACGAUUGGAAGUGUGUACGAUUGCUCAAACUCAGGACUUACUUCACUACCAGAUUUUACAUCUAUCCCAAGUCCUGGUUCAAUAACAACUGUAAACCUUAAUAACAAUAUCUUAAGAAACAUUUCAGCGCAUGCAUUUAAUGGAUUAACACACAAAGAUUUAGAAAUAAAUUUAGAUCAGAAUCGGAUAACAUCCAUUCAGGAUGGCGCAUUUGAUGCUGUUUACGAUACCCUUACAAAACUCACACUUAGAAAUAAUAAUUUGACGGAUUUGUCACAUGCCCAGGAUAUUGGUAAAUUGAAUAAGCUGUCGUAUUUAGACCUGAAGGAGAACGAUUUUCCAGAUGGAACAACGUUGGAUAGAGGUCCUACUGAUAAUGUUUUCCGUCUAAUCGGGGACUCUAUAACAGAAUUUCACUUUGGAGGAAAAAACAUUGCCACUUGGCCGAGAGUUGCCUUAACCCAUUUCCCGAAAUUAAAUACCUUGAACUAUGAAGGAGGAUAUCUAGCCAAUAUACCCUAUGAUGGAUUUCAUGGGUUUGAACACACAUUAGAAAAGUUGCACAUAUCACACACACAGCUUAGACAAAUACCACUGGCAAUAUCACAACUAACGCAGCUUCAAGAACUAUAUUUUGAUGAUAAUGUUUUUGUACAUGACAGUGGAAUUUUUGCGCAAGCUUUUGCCACAUUAACUCAUACAACUAGUCCACUUCGCGUGUUAAGUCUUCAAAAUGACGGAUUAUCGCGAUUUCCUGCAGUUUUGAGAAAUCUUGUUAAUCUUAAAGACUUAAAUAUGGGUAGGAACAGCUUAUGGUACGUCGCCGAUGAUGCGCUAUCACUUCUGAUUAAUGCUUCUAUUACAAAAAUGGGGUUAAGUGGAUGCCAUCUUGACAGAAUACCACAAGCUUUACUUAAACUACCCAGCAUGGCAGAGCUUGAUGUAUCGAACAAUAAUAUACAAAGUAUUGAGCGGUAUGAUAUGAGUAACCAGACAACUAUUACUCACUUGAACGUCUCUCACAACCCUCUGGCAUACAUUUCUACGGAAGCAUUCCAGUCAUUGCCGAAAUUAGGAGUAAUUGAUUUCUCAUCCACAGCCAUGACUCAGAUUCCGAGAGCAAUCUUAAAUACCCCCGCGCUUACGACUUUAGACUUGUCUCAUUGUCUUAUCGAAUGCACCUGUGAUUUGACGUGGAUAUUAAAUUCCCGUCUCCCCGCAAAAACAUUUCUUGGGACUUGUGAAACUAUUGAACAACCUGUUGAAACUUAUAUACAGUCACGCGUUCCAACCUGUCCUAAAAGGCGUUAAUAAAUAUAUUUGAAUAUUUA